CCGUGGCUUUGAUUCGAGUUGUGGCGUGUAUGAAUUCGUGAUUUGUGGAAUACCUUUCAGCGACGUGAGUUUGGAUCGCAAACAAAGCUCACCGGCUACUGAACCCGUAAGUGGGAGUGAAGCCCCACCCAAAACGCAUCGCGGGGAUCUCACUCAUCAGCCGAGGGUGGAGAUAAGGGCCGGGAGAGUGCUCUGCUAUGGUUUUAUAAUUGGGAAUCAUAAAAAGUCUAAUAAUCAGCUCACAGGCCGUGACCAUGUCGAGCGUAUCUGAGGAGAAGAGCCCGGCUCUGCCACAAGUUCGGAACACCCUGGCCCAGCCGAUUCUGGCCGCCUUUCUUGCUGGUGGAGUCGCCGGUGCUGUCUCCCGGACUGUCGUAUCCCCGUUAGAACGGCUCAAGAUUCUUUUUCAGAUCCAGAGCGUCGGUCGAGAGGAGUAUAAGCUUUCCGUUUGGAAAGGCCUGUCAAAGAUGUGGCGAGAGGAGGGCUGGAGAGGAUUUAUGCGCGGCAACGGAACAAACUGCAUCCGUAUCGUUCCUUAUUCAGCUGUCCAGUUUGGAAGCUAUAAUGUUUAUAAAAAGUUUGCUGAGCCCUACCCUGGUGGUGAUCUCACACCUCUCACACGCUUGAUCUGCGGUGGUUUCGCCGGAAUUACUUCUGUCUCAUUCACGUAUCCUUUGGACAUUGUCCGUACCCGGCUAUCAAUCCAGACAGCAUCAUUUGCUGCUCUUGGCCCACAUUCAGUCAAGGAUGUUCCAGGUAUGUGGGCGAUAAUGGCGUCCAUGUAUAAAAAUGAAGGUGGAAUUGCUGCUUUGUACAGAGGGAUCGUCCCUACAGUGGCUGGUGUCGCCCCUUACGUUGGGCUUAAUUUCAUGACUUAUGAAGCUGUGCGAGGCUUCUUCACCCCGGAAGGUGACCAGCACCCAAGUGCCAUUCGGAAAUUGGCCGCAGGUGGAAUUUCAGGCGCCGUUGCGCAAACGUGCACGUAUCCAUUUGAUGUGCUGAGGCGACGAUUUCAGAUAAAUACCAUGACUGGCAUGGGAUACCAAUACAAAUCCAUGUGGGACGCAGUGACUAUGAUCGUAUCGCAAGAAGGAAUUCGGGGAAUGUACAAAGGCAUUGUCCCGAAUCUGCUAAAGGUUGCUCCUAGCAUGGCUAGCAGCUGGUUGAGCUUCGAGCUCACGCGCGACUUCUUCGUCAGCCUUCGCACGCCUGAUUACUAGGGAGUGAUCGAAAAUCGCCCUCCCUUCUUGUUUCGUGGCACAUACACCAGGUCAUUGAUAUGCUCAAACGUCUUUUGUGACCGACAGUCUUGGUACGGCACGCGACGCAUUUCCCAGAGUGUCACGACUCCUCCUGUACAUCGAGCCCUGUCGACGGCUCAUUCAUUGAAAGCAUAUGGCCAUUCGAAAUCGCCGAGACUUGGUCCACUUCUUUUAUAUUUCGGCUUGCAUAUUUGGUAGCGGGCGCAUUCAGGGCAGGCUGCUAAGCGUUUGAAACCAUAACCACGGAGGGCCACAACUUUUGGCCCUCGUCUGUACAAUCCAAGGAACGAACCUAAUUCUUGUUUUUAUCAUCCGCGACCAGUAUAAAAUAUAUCCUGUAUCUAUCGAGCUACAUGCAUUCUGUAUUUUAGAGGAUAGGGCAGAUUGUUGGAGCCGCUCGGGUCGAUAGAUUGUAAUUUAAAUAAAAAAAAAAAAAAAAAAA